AUGACCCUCCUACUCUUCGCUAUCCUAUUACUUUUACAUAUCGCGUUUGUUUGCGCCUCACUGUCAAGCCUCAAUGGCACUGGUAUCCCUACAGUCGAUGUCAGCGACUACCCGUCCUGCAGUAAUACCAGAACCUUGUGGGACAUCAUCUGGAGCUGCGCUGCAACUCUAUUCGCAUGCACAUGGACCUCAAUCCACCCAAACAUCCCGGGCAUGGACGAGGGGAAAUGGACUGUUUUGUUUCGGCGCCUAUUCUUCAUGGCCAUGGCGCUGACCGCUCCGGAACUCAUGAUCACCUGGGCCACGAAUCAGUUUCUAAGUGCUCGUGUCACUGCAAACGCCUUCAAUGACGUCUUUGGUGCGCGACUUCACCAGAUUCGCGGUGACCAUUCAGACAUAAGAGAAAGCAUAACCACAUUGCUUAAUGGAAUUCCAACAUCAGAUGGAAGGAACAGUUCACUUCCGAGCGCUCCGCAUGCCGUAGGUCGCGAUUUCAGAGGAUGGACAGUGACGCAUGGAUUUUUCGCGUGGAUGGGUGGAUUCAUGCUCUACUUCAAUGACAAGCCACGAGCCACUCUCAUACCCGAUGAACUUGAGCGCUUUGUUCGUGAAGGAUCCGUGGACAUGCCUGUCAUUAUAGAGGCAGACAUAGAAGACCGAAGCAAGGGUGACGGGCUAUCCAAAAGCAUUGCCGUUCUUCAGCUGGCGUGGUUCGUCCUCCAGCUUGUCGCCCGUCACGCCCAGAACCUCCCGAUAACAUUGCUUGAAAUCGAUACUCUGGCUGUAGCUGUCCUGACCUGCGUUGCAUAUGCUGUGUGGUGGAAGAAGCCUAAGGAUGUAGGGCGCCCUUAUGCUAUUCAUUGGCAAGCAAUUGCAUCUCCGCCAAGCAGAUUAGCCUAUGACAAAGUAAAUGCAGAUUUCUCAUUGGAAGGCUGGCGUCGUUAUGCUUUCUUUCUCGUUUAUCCCUGGGGGAGUCUUAUGGGCACUGGCGUGUUCAUUUCUCCCCGGGCCGUCCGAGAACGUCGGGUUCCGUCUUUAGGUGGUUAUGAUGACCAUGAUCGUCAUGAUCGUAAUCAUAUCAUUACACUUCUCAUCGGAUGCUUCAGUGGCAUGGUCUUUGGAGGAAUACAUUGUCUGGGCUGGAAUGUUUUGUUUCAGGGGCACACAGAGCAGAUACUAUGGCGCGCGGCCUCCCUUAUGGUAGCAUCCGCGCCGGUAUUCAUUCUUCUGAUAUUUGGCUGUGCCAUAUUGUUGGAAGUCACUGAGGGCCAUUGGGGAGAAAAUGUCGCGAGAUUUGCUGCAGUCAUUAUGGUUGCCAUUUAUGUCGCUGCACGCAUUACAUUCAUUGUACUUCUGUUGCUGAGCUUUCGAUCGCUCCCUCCUGGCGUAUAUGACACAGUAGCUUGGACCAAGUUUAUUCCUCAUCUGUAG